UGUUUGUACGUGUACUGCAUUGCGUGUAGUAAAUUGUAUAUUGUUCUCAACUUGAAGCGGUCGAUUUAUUGUAAUGUUUGACGAAGCCAGAACAAAGGGAGUGACAAAAUAUUCUUAAUUAUAUCCUCAGUGAAAUGAAUAUUUAUAAUAGUGACGAUUUUUCAACUAUUUAACAAACUUCAAAAGUCAUUUAAUAAUAUUAAACAUGAAUGGUGAUCGAAGUCAAGUGUAAGCAGUUUGUCUGGGCAUCACUGGCUAAAAAGUACAUCAACUUACUCAAUAUUUCUGUCAUGCCUCACACAACGCACAAAAGUUCGCCUUUGAGAUAAAUUGUUCUAUUGAAUAGUAAAAAAAUGGCUAUGAAUCCAGGAUAUUUUGUUGGUUUACCAAUGAAUAUGGAUAGAGUUUGUAGAAUUUGUCUCACAGAAAGUACAAAUUUAUCAUCAAUAUUUUGCUCGAAUCAAGAAGUACAAUUUCCAGAAAUUUCACAAAAAAUACAAAUUUGUGGCUCAAUUGAUAUUCAAGAACAAGAUGGUUUACCAUCUUUAAUUUGUAACGAUUGCAUCUUUAAAGCAAGUAUUGCCCAUGAAUUUCGACAGCUUUGUCAACAUUCUGAUGCUCGUUUACGACUUUAUUAUAAUAAACCUUCUAAAAGUAAUUUAAUGGAGAAUGGUACACAAACAGAUCCUCAAACUCGAAUUGUAAUAUCGAAAAAGCAAGCGAAUCAUCAGGAAAAUGGUUACAAUGUUAAAGAAGAGGAACUUCAUAUUAUGUCUGAUAUUCAACAAACACAAAAUUUUACACACGAGGAUGUCUCUUUAAAUCAAAAUCCCUUAAGUAUUCAUGGUGAAAAAAUAUUUGAAUGCAAUCUUCGAUUUGAAGAGCCAAAAGAGACUGAGGAUUUAGCAGUUGCUAUAAAUGAAACUGUAAUUAACGCAAAUGUUAUCGAUCCAAAUGCUAUUAAUGAUAAUGAAAUACAUUCAAAUAGCAUUCAUCCAAAUAUUAUAAGUGUCGAUGUUGUAACGGAUAAUUCAAUGCAAAUUCGAUGUUCCGAAACGUUAAUUGUCACAAAUGAGAGUAAAAUUGAUUCCACCAAGACUGACAUUCUCAACAAUAGAACGAACGCAUAUAUCGAUGAGCAAAUGUUAGUUGAGAGUUUAGAGAAUCAAGAAACAACACCAUCGAAACGUACAUCAACACGUAAAGUGAAAUCAAUUAAUCACAAUAAAACAACAACAUUAAGUGAUGAGGAAAUUGAUGAUGAUUAUUAUGAUCAAAGUAGCGAUAGUCAAGAUUCUCAUGAACCAAAAUUUAAAUGUAAAAUUUGUUCUAAACGUUAUUCAACACAAAAGGGUCUCAAGAAACAUUCCCUUGUACAUGAUAAAAAACACAAUUGUGACAUUUGUCUAAAAACAUUUUGCAAAUUAGAAAAUCUUGAAAAACAUAAACAAAUUCAUAUGACAAAACCCCAUGCAUGUCAAUUGUGUCAUACAUCAUUUUCAAAACCACAAAGUCUUGUUAAACAUUUAAAAUCCCACACAGAGAAAGUAAAUGAUAUUAUAAAACAAAUAAGCAAUGAUGAUGAUGAUGAUGAUCAUCAUCAUCAACAAGAAAUAUUGAAUAAUGAACCGAAAAAAGAAUUGAAAAUAGAAGAAGAAAUAAUUGAUGAUGAUCCAUUAAUAACAUCGCAAAAUAAUGAAGUUGACGAUUUUCAAAAUGCUCCGGAAUUAUUUAAAUGUGAAAUAUGCGGUCAAUAUUGUUCGACAAAAAAAAAUUUAAAACGUCACACAUUAAUACAUGGUGAGAAAAAGUAUUCAUGUUUUGUUUGUAAAAAAUGGUUCUUUAGGCCUGAUACAUUAAAGAAACAUGCGGAAAAACAUGGUCAUGGUUUAUUGGACAAUUUAGUUGAGGAUAAUAAACUUUUUGAUUCUGACGAUGAACCAUUUUCAAAUAGUGGUGGUAAUAUUUUCGGUGAGAAUAAUGAAACAUCGAAAAAAGAUGAUAGCGAUGAGGAUGGAACUGGUGAAUAUAAAUGUCAACAUUGCGAUAAAAUUAUGGCGACAAAAAAAGGAUUACGUCGACAUGUGUCAAUGCAUAAACCAAAAGCAGAGCCGGUAACUUGUGAAAUUUGCAAAAAGGUUUGUGCGAGUCAGGCGCGUCUUGUGAUUCAUCAAAAAACGCAUAAUAAACCGAAGGAAAAAGUACCACGUGAAUAUCUUUGUCACAUUUGCAGUAAAGUUUAUCCAAGUAAUUCAUCAUUAACAUAUCAUAUGCGUACACACAGUGGUGUUAAGCCUCAUGUUUGUAAAACAUGUAACAGUGGUUUUACAACGACAACAAGUUUAGCGAAUCACAUUAGAAUUCACACCGGUGAUAAACCAUUUGUUUGUCAUGUUUGUAGUGCAGCAUUUGCUGUGAGUUCGGCAUUUCGACGACAUUUAACACGUCAUACAGGCGAGGCAAAUUAUCUUUGUAAAACAUGUGGUAAAGCAUUCAAACGUCUCAGUACACUUAAGGAACAUACUUAUACGCAUUCCGGUGAAAAACCAUAUGUUUGUAAAACAUGCGGUGCCGCUUAUAGUCACAGUGGAAGUUUAUUUGCCCAUCAAAAACGUUGCCGAGCACAAUAUGGUGAAACAAUGGUGGUUGAAGAACAUCAUCAUAGUGUUGCACAUCAUCAUAUUCAUGUGAAUAAUGUUCAAUCGGCCGUACGCUCACUGGCUGUGAUAGGUCAGAUGUUUUAAUUUUUAUUUGGCAAAAGGACGUUCAUUUUUAAGAAAAGUCAAAAGGAAAAAAAUUCCCAAAGGAAUCUCUCGACUUGGAAAAAAAAUAUUCUAGAUAGAAGAAAAACGUAAGUCAAUUGUGAUGAUUUAAUUUUUACUUAAAAGUACUUCUGAUUUUUCCGAAGAAUUAUUUUCAUUUUGUUUAAAAAAAAUUUCCCUUUUAGAAAAAUUCACUUUUUAAUUCAGAAGAAUUGUUUCUUUUUUUUUUUUGAAUGAAAAAUCUUAUUUAAAAAACCCAAAUUUUUAAUAAUUAGAAAAGAUUGAAAUUUUCUAUGUUUUUCAAAAAAUAAAUUAUUACGGAGAAAAUUAUGUCGCAGAUUAAAACUAAAAUCGAAAAAUUUACAAUCGAUUUAAUAUUAUAAUGGAUAAAAUAUUUUUUUAUCAUCGUUCUGCGAUUACUCUAAAAUUCAAAAAUCCAAAAAAUAAUCGAAGAUAAUCACAGCGAAAUUUUUACAAAAUUAAGAAAAUAAUAUAGUACAAUUAUUGAUAGUUCAAUAGUAAUCAUAUUGAACAAUGUAAAUAGGCAGCUGAAUGUUAUUCCCAUCCUCCCCUCUCUCAGUAAGGUGUAAAUCAUGCUUAGCUUUCUUCCUUUUACAAGUUUUUAUUCUUUAAAAAAAAAAAAAAAAAAAACUGUUUUUUGACAAGCUUUAGUGCCAUUAGAGCAGGAUUGUGUUCUAUCGGGUGUUACUUAAUUCAAUAUUUCGUAAUCUCGUUUUUUUUUAUACUCUAUAUUUCAAACACAUUAAAGAAUAAUUGCCAGGAAUAUUCAUUCUUCCAACGCCAUAAAAAAAAAAGUUUUUUAAUCAUGUACAGAAACUGUUUUUAAUUUGAGACAAAGUCUCAGUAGAAUUAUAUUUGUAUUUUACAAAAUAAAAAUGGAAUGCACUGAGUACUUUGAGGAAAAAAAAAACAAAUUUUCUUGUGAAUAUAAAAGAAUGAAUGUGAUUUCAUUAAAAAAAAAAGUCUCAGUUUUAAUUACACUUUGAUACAAUAGAUUAAUAUUGUAAUUAUAUGCAUUUUUAUUAAACACGCUUAAAUAUUU